AAGAGAACGACCAGGAAGGAGAGCUGUUGAAUUCUGCAACGUAACUAUUCAAAACUUAAACAUGGCAAAUUACGCCGCUGAAUCUGAGCGUCUUCGGUUGCAAGCAUUAAGUGAAGAACAUCUCCAUGAUUAUCAUGCCAUUGAAAGCAAUGAAUACUCUAUGAUAUGGUCAACCACAAUCCACUUUGCAGCAAACCCUCGACAGACUCCACGACCAACUAGCGGCAGAAGAGUCUUGGUACCAACGUUGGGCGAUCAUUCUGAAGAACAACGAGAGCCCGAAACCCAAAAUGAUUGGCAUCGUCAGCAUUGCUACAUGAGUGAAGCAUUGAGAAUGUUUUUGGAUAUGUUCUGGGCUGCUGAAGAAAACAAGAAGUACGACAAACUCUUCGCCAAGGCCGAUCCAGAAAACUUGGCAAGUAUGAAUGUAUUGCAAAAAGCUGGGUUCAAGAAAGGACUUUUGUUCAAAGACGGGUACUCGCGUGCCUCUCUGAGGGACAAGAAACUAAAGAGUGAUCUGCAAGGAUUCUACGUGCCGAGACCUGGUACUGAAGCAACUCACUCUGAUUCUGAUGAGGCAGAGGGUGCCACUUUGUGUGUAUAAGAUGGAAGGAAUGAGCUCCAGCUGUUUUCAUAAGAGGUCGUGCACGUGAUCCACGGUAGCUUGAGGAGACUCGGGAUCGGCAAGGUUAAGUUAACACCAAU